AUGGACCACUUUCCGCGACUACGCCCGCAUCGGCGCAAACGAGACAUCACCGCUCCCAGUUUGAUCACCACACCUACUACCACCAAGUCAGAAAGUACUUCUGAGAAAACCGAGUCUCCUUCGGCUGAACUAACAACUCCCACCGCCACUCCUUCGCUACGCUCAGUCCAUAAGCUCCGUCCCUUUCGAGUAUUUUCACGUUCGUCCAAGAGGGCCCGCGAGUCUUCUCCCGCUUCGCACAAACAGACACCGACUGUCGCCGCCGUUAUGGCUUCCAACGGUACCGCAGACCACCCUGCUUCGCCAGCCGAGAGCAAGACGUCGUCAGGGCAACAGCUCAAGAAAGAUGGCCGACCCAAGAUGCCCUCUUUCCUGGAAUUAAGCGAGUCUGAAAUUGAAAACAAGUUCCAAGAAAUCAUCUGGCUCGAGCGCAAGCGCAUCCUAGAAGCGACACAGAACCCCUCACGAGAUUUCCGCUGGGCCCGCGUAAUGGGACCGCACCUUCGGCAGCUCGACAGAUACGGCAACAUACAACCCUGGCACAACAACCGAAUCAAACUUCAGGUGCCUGAGGGCAAGAUCGACUAUAUCAAUGCCUCGCCUAUUGUCCUACCCCCGACGGUUCUCACCACAGCCGAUGGGGAAACAAGCAACACACAAGAACCGGAUCGCUACAUCGCCAUGCAGGGCCCCAAACAAUGUACAACCGAUCAUGUGUGGCGCAUGGCAGUUGAGCAGCUCGAGAGCCCCGGCGUGAUCGUCAUGUUGACCGAGACUCACGAGGGCGACUUUGAGAAAUGUUACCAGUACUUUCCCCGGACGACGGAGGAUACCCCACUGGAGAUCAAUGAGGGGGACGAGUUCGGCGAUGGCUUCCGUGCCACAGUUCGGUGCGUAGGAAUCGAGGAUACUCCGGCCGGUGAUGCGAUCGAGCUUCGCAAGAUGGUGAUCCAUGUGCACAAGUCGGCUGGAAGGAAGAGUGUGGACAGCAAGAGCAAUGGGUCGCAGAGCAAAAGGCAAACCCCAGAGCCGGAAAACGCAACCACCGAGGAACCCAAGAUCACGUCGCCUCUGACCCAGAUGGCAAAAGAGACGGAAGAGAACCUCACGAUCAGUGAACCAGAAGAGACGGUAGGCCGGAACUCUGAAGAGGAAGAAGUCGAAGAGCGCAUUGUGUGGCACUUCCUCUACAAGAAGUGGCCCGACUUUGGCGUCCCGGACCUCGCCGAUCUCGACAGCUUCUUCACUCUCAUGAGUCUAUCUCGAGAGAAAAACGCGGGCCCUCACAACCCUCGCAUUGUCCACUGCAGCGCGGGCGUUGGCCGCAGCGGUACCUUCAUAGCGCUGGAGCAUCUCAUGCGGGAGCUGGACGCGGGAGUGUUGGAGAACUGGGAUGAGCGCACUGCUGGCGUUGGCGAGUCCUUGUCUUCGCCCAUCAGGACGUCGCAGGAGGAAGUCAUGUCGCCCAUAGGCAGCACAAAAGGCAGAGACGAUAACGACUUGAUUUUCCAGGUGGUCAACCAGCUCAGGGAGCAGCGAAAGACCAUGGUGCAGGCCGAGAGCCAGUAUCUGUUUAUCUACCAGGUGAUGCGUAAACUGUGGCUGGAUAAGUAUGGAGGUGAUGGUGAUGACUCGAGCUCGGGAGAGAGGGCGGCCAAGAGGCUGGAGGUUGAUCCUGGCGAUCCCUUCUUUGUGAAUGGGUACUCGGAGAAGUAGAGCGACUCGUUGAGUCCUCCCAUAUUGCAUUCGCGGACUAGACCCAUGUCCUCAUCUUCAGGCCUUCGUGUCUGGGAUUAUGGCCGGUCGA